AUGAAUGAAGACUCUGAAGACAAGGCGCCCAGAGAUGUUCCCAUUCCAAUAGAGGUGAUUACCAACAGUAAUCACAACAAAAGCAACGACAAGAACAACAGCAACAAGGGGAAAAGGGAAACAAGCGUCACCAGCAGCAACAAUGACGACAAGGCUUGGUCCUUCCUUAAGCAUAUAACAGGUGAACCUGUCGAGGUUGCUCACCUUAUUGUUAAGGAUGGGCCGUCAGUGGUCUUAAGCCGUGUGCCCUACGCCUCCUUUGGGGCGCUUAUGACUGCAGACAGGAAGGAGAUUGAAGGCUUCCGGGCAAUCACCAAUCUGGUGAGCGAGUAUGCCAAACCGCGAACCUCCUUACCUAAACCGCUAUCUAUCGGUGUGUUUGGCCCUCCAGGAGCGGGCAAAUCAUUUUCAUUAAAACAAGUUGUCAAAGGAGUGUUGAAAACGGACCUCAAAACACUCGAGUAUAAUCUGUCUCAAUUUACAAAUUACUCUGAAUUGAUAUCAGCAUUUCACUCUGUGCAAGCGUCCGCAAUCUCCGGUAGAACUCCAUUGGUAUUAUUCGACGAAUUUGACUCGAACUUUGGCAAUCAGCCACUUGGAUGGCUACGAUACUUCCUUGCACCAAUGGAGAAUGGAAAUUUUCAGAUCACGGCAACAUGUAUCCUUUGGGCUGGUGUUUCUGCUAAAGGACCAGACUCUGUCAGUCGGCUGCGUGGCUACGUUGACAUUCGAGGUCCGGAUCCAGACCCCUACCCCCUAAAAGAUCAAAUGUAUCCGAUUCGACGUGCCAUGCUACUCCGUGCAUUACUUAAAGAAUAUCCAGGUCUUAACGAAGGAUCAAAGGUUAAUAUCGACGACUCUCUGCUCCAUGGGCUAUUGACAAUCUCUAGAUUCCGCCACAGUGCACGUUCAAUGGAGGCGAUACUUGCUAUGAGCACAUUGUCUGAAGGGACGCGAUUUGCACUCUCCGACCUCCCUUCUGAAGACCAGCUCAAUUUGCAUGUCAAUUCUGGGGAAUUUCUGGAAUGUGUGCGACGUCGCGAACUACCCACGUAUAUUGAUAAGGAGGAGGUUGCCGAGAAAUUGCAUGUUGAGCAUAAAAAGGCACUGGACAAAUAUUGUACGGACGAUAACAAAGAAAUCCGGCAAGCAUUGCAACAGGUCAAUAAAAGCUGGACAAGUCUAGGAGAAAAUUACAAACAAUCAUACAGGCUUCAAGCAGAUGAGAUUCCGUACAAGCUUCGAACUAUCAAAUACUACCUUGCAAGGAAAAGAGUCCCUGAGCGUCAACCUAUAGGAUCGCUUUCAACAAACAAAAGGACUGAACUUGGCAGGCUUGAGCACGAACGUUUCAUUAGCCAAGAGCUGCACAAGAAGAGCCUAUAUGGACCAGGAAAUAUAUUGCCUCGUCUAAUUCCUUGGGAUGACUUAGGCGAGCCAUGGAGAGAUGUUUAUGAGGAGUUUGUUGAUAACAUACCAAAAGGUAUGGAUCUUUGUGAACAUCCAGUUUACGAUCUCCAACAAAAUGGUGUUCAAGUCCUAGCAGUCCCCACCUAG